AUGGCACCCGUUCGCAACGAUGUCCCGGCGCAUGCGAUUGACCGCACUCCGGAAUAUGAAGAGUUCAUGACGCGACUCCGCGAUUAUCACACCAAGCGAGGCACAACACUCGACGCGGAACCCAAGGUCGGCGCGACCCAUCUUGACCUGCUCAAGGUGUUCAAUCACAUCGUCGCCAACGGUGGUUACGACAAGGUUUCGGAGGAGAAGCUGGCCUGGCGUCGCAUGGCUGCUGAGCUGGGCAUUUACUCCAACAACGAAGCCUCGACUGCUUUUUCAUUGAAAGAAAAGUUCUACAAAAACCUCGCCGCCUUUGAGAUUAGCACAGUGCACGGAAAGGAGCCGCCGCCAAAGGAUAUUCUGGAGGAUGUGACGGCCAAGGGCGCUGGACUCCUCACCCGUACCCGAGAAAACUUCCGAGGCAAACGGGAGAGCAACAUUGGUGCCACAGACUCGGCGGCUUCGGGAGAUGAUGGUACACCGGCUCGCGAACGACCUGUCCCCGAUCCUGCAGCGAGCGCGCGCGCAUCUAGAGGCCUACGCGAAGCACCCCCUCAACGUGUUAUUUUCCAGCCGGAUACUGGCCCUUCUCGUACAACAAGACACUCCUCUGCUCACCACGCGAGCCAUACCAACUCUCCAGCCGCAAACCCUCCUCAGACUCCCUCACAUCACCAAAGCAUGCCUGUGCCACAGCAACAACAAAACUACCCAGGGAGUCGAGGUCCCUCGGUGGUUAACCACCCUCCUUCGUCCGAAAACUCGUCCAACCUGGUCACUGCAUACCAACCGCGGUUCUCCAAGCCACUGCAGCUCCGAGCUGUAGCGACGCCUAGCAGUGCGCCCAAUGAGUUCCAAAAGCCCCGACAACCUCAACGGAUUGACCCCCGUCAACCAAUGCAACCCGGCACAUUCGCCCUCAACCACCUGGUCAAGAUCUCCUUUGAGCGGGGCGACAAGUACAAAUUCGAGUCUUUCCCUGGUCUGGCGGAAGGAUUGGUUGAAAAGGCACUCGAGAUUGGGCAGCUCUUCUAUCACGUCAACUGGACUGUCUCGUGGGACUCUGUCGACCCCAACGAUGUUGGUGCGCUUGACGGGAAUUACGGGACUCCAGACAUUCUCGAGCGGAUCCAGAAUCUCAUCGAAAAAGACCGACCCGACGUUCUCCAGACUGAAUCCUACUCGGACCAACUGGUCUUGAUCACCGAGGCUGUGCUGACAAUACGCAACAUGGUCACUCUGCCUGAAAAUGCGCUCAACAUGUCCGACUUUUACCCCCUCAGAGAUCUCAUCUGCAUCAUGUUGCACCUACCACCCAAGGAUUCGCUCGUCGAAUUGAAGCAUCUUACUCUGGAUAUCGCAGAGCAGCUUACCCCUUUCAUGGCUCUGGAGUCGGACGACCCUCUGUACAAGACUCUGCUCACACAAAUGACCUCGGACGACCGCGGUACAAUUCUUACGUCGCUUCGAGCACUCGGCCGCAUUUCGAUGAAUCUCGACGCUACAAACAAGUUGGGUGACAUUCCUGGACCGGUGCUUGAACGAAUCGCUAGCUGGUUGCUACUCAACGACGACGAACUCAUCGAUGCCUGCCUCGACUUUUUGUAUCAGUACACUGCGGUCGUGUCCAACGUGGACACCCUCAUGCGAUCUCUCACCCCGGAAAACCUGGUCGACCACCUUGCUCGUUUGCUCGCUCAUGGUGCGCGCAAGACGCAACGCGAUUUCGUCCUCGUCCCAGAGCAGAGAAUUCCGGCCCGCGACCAGAUCGCUCCCAUGCCCGAGGACCUCCUCCAGGAGAUGCUCAAGCUUGAAGAGCCUGACCGUGUGCACCGAUGGGUUCGAUGUUUCUUUGAAGAGGACAACAACUCUUUCGUGACGCAGCUGGCUGCCUGGCAGGCGUACCAAAAUGCAUUUGUCGGCCCUCUCAAGACUAUCGGCCAGCCGCUCAUCACGCCUGCCGAUUUUAUUAGGAAUAGCACGUCUGUGUAUAAGGAUUCGAAUGCCCAAGUCCUUAGAGAGCCAGGCGAUCCCCAGCAAAAGUUCAUCAUCCACGGCAUUCGCGCAAGACCGCGACCUCUGAGCACGGAUGGUAAAGAGUAUGGCCGAUGUCUCUGGGCAUCGAAUCCCGGCAACAAGCUCGAAAAGUGCGGAAGCUUCUACCUCCAACCAGAGCAGAUGUGGAAUCACAUUCUUACCUCACACAUGGGAGAGACACGCAACGCUGAUGGACAGUUUGACAACGUGGAAAAGGAGUUUACCUGCACAUGGGGCGAAUGCUCCCGAUAUGGGUCGCCAACAAAGAUGCACCUCCGUGAUUUUGCAAGCCACAUCAGCACGCACAUCUCUGCCAUGCUGCCCGGCGAGUCUCGAAAACAGGAGCGAGCCUGGAUCAUACCAGCCAAGACAAUGGCUGUCACAUUUGAGGAGACCUUGACAGUCCGGGACGAGCGGAACCCAAAUCUACCGCCCCAAGCGGCGGGUAUUCCCCUCAGUGCCGCCCUCGUUCUGCGUAAUAUGGCGCGUAAUGUGGUCAAGACGGAGGCCGAGGAGGAGUUGCUCAAAAAACAGGAAAAGACCGGCGAAACCGGAGGCUGGAACGAGACCCUCUUCCGUCCCAUUCUGCCUCGACUAUUCGAGAUUCUUGCAGAGAACAGGGCUCUGAGUCCCUACAUUGCAUCACUGCUUGAUCUGAUCCGCAUCGACAGUGACGGCCAAGGCCGUUGA